AUGAAGGAAAUAACCACAAAGCUACCUGCGCGCAACCUGUUGACUGGCACAGUUGUCAACUGGGAAGACGAAGAAAUAGGCUUAGGAGACAGUCCGGGCAACCUCACAUUGUCGUGGAAAGACUUAUCAGUACACAGAAAAAAGAAGAUACAGACUAGCAUUUGGAAGUCUCCGGUUUACGAGGAAGUGAGAGUAUUACACGGAGUUAAUGGCAUCGUGUCAUCAGGCAACUUAGUCGCUUUAAUGGGGUCAAGUGGCGCUGGUAAAACAACAUUGUUGGCUGCCAUAAGCCGUCGAGAUAAAAGUGCCAUAACAGGCUACCUUAUGUUGAACGGGAGACUAGCUGGUGCGGACCUCAUAGCGAGGAUUUCAGGCUUCGUACCACAACAGGACCUUGCCAUCGAAGAUCUUACAGUGGAUGAACAUAUGGAGUUUAUGGCCCGCCUGAUGAUGGAUAAACGUGCAACAAAAGGAGCUCGAGCAAGACGUAUUCAGCUACUGCUAAGCGAACUCGGUGUGAACAACUGCACCCUCACUAAACUAAAGGCUUUGUCUGGAGGUGAAAGAAAGAGAGUGUCUUUAGCUGUACAGUUACUAAAUGAUCCACCAAUACUCUUCUGUGACGAACCAACAACGGGUCUCGACAGUUGGGGCGCUGCAGCCGUGGUAUCACGGCUGAGGAAACUCGCCAUUGGAGGAAAACUUGUCGUCUGCUCUGUACACCAACCGGCAUCUGGCGUCUUCGAAUUAUUCCACCAAGUCGUCCUACUAGCAAAUGGAAGAAUAGCGUUCCAAGGAACUAUGGACCAUGCUGAACAAUUCUUUGGGUCGCUGAACUACAAAUGUCCGGUCGGAUUCAACGCAGCGGAGUAUUACAUCUCUCUCCUUGGCAUCCAAAUAGACAAGGAGUUCGAGAGUCGAGAGCGCAUCAGACGGAUAUGUGAUGAAUACCAGCGGUCGAGUUACGCCGUCGAAAUUGAAAGGCGUGUUGAUGUUAGAGAUGAGGAUGAGUAUUUCAACGGUACGACGGAUGAAAAGAAUCAAUAUUUCGAAAGAUAUUUAACUCUAGUCAAAGUAAAUUACUUCGUACAAUUCUACUGGUUGAUGUGGCGAAAUAUUCAAGCACUAAAAAGAAACUAUAGCAUAUGGAUCGCUGAGUUUCUUCUGCUUAUGUUUGUAGGCUUAAUAAUCUCAAUACCAUAUGCCGGACGUUUCGAAGAGUUGGAUCAACGGGACAUACAAAAUGUGGAAGGACUUCUGUAUCUCACAAUAGCGGAGACGAUUUUCCUGUUCAUAUACGCGGUGUUCAUCACGUUUCCUAGCGAGGUGCCUAUACUCCUCAGAGAAACGGCCAGUGGGCUCUAUUCACCUUUUCCUUAUUACUUGUCCAAGAUGAUAUUUUGGAUUCCUCGCGCAACAAUAGAACCGACGAUAUUCUCGGCAUUAGUAUUCUCAGUGGCAGGCUUACGAGGUGGUUUCGUGGGCUGGCUUGGCUUCAACUUUGUUUGUAUACUCUGUGCCAACUACGCCAAUGCAUAUGGCUCAUUUCUAUCGACGACGUUCGCUUCAAUGGAAACCGCUGCACUAGUGUCCGUACCAUUCGACCUCAUAGGCACCAUGUUUUCUGGUAUCUACCUCAAUUUAGCCAGCGUUUCACCUUACUUAUCAUGGCUUAGAUACGUGUCAGGGUUCUAUUACGGCGUUGAAUCCAUAUCGGUACUGCAAUGGGACUCAAUUGAGUCUAUUGAAUGUGUAACAAAUAGUACUUUGCCUUGUAUAAAAUCCGGACCAGAAGUAUUAGACCGAUUCGGUUAUGCCGAAGAUCAUUUUUGGCGCAAUUGCAUAUGUCUGUUAUGUAUGUACUUUGUAGGUCAUAUAUUAUCCUUCUUCAUGAUGCUAAGGAGAAGUAGGCGAGCGCCUGUUUAUUAA